UUGUCGAUGAUUUGUGGUGAUAUAGAAGGAAUUGUCCGUCGUGGACUAAAAAAAAUUAAGGAAUAUGGAUAUUAUUGUGUGAUGUAAAUGAUAUUAGAAAAGUUAUUUUAGAUUUUUGUUUAGUUCAUCAAAUAUUAUAUUAAUUUAAAAUGUCACAAAACUCGUAUGAAUUUGUUUUCCGUGAUACGUUAUAAUUUUGUGUGAAAGAAGAACAGCUGACAGAACAAUUGUUAAAGUGUGUGUGUAGUUAUUCAAAAUGGUUUUAGCAGAUCUAGGUCGAAAAAUAACGACUGCUUUGCAGUCGUUAAGUCGUGCCACUAUUAUCAAUGAAGAGGUUUUAAACUCUAUGUUGAAACAAAUAUGUGCUGCUCUAUUAGAAGCUGAUGUCAAUAUUCGUUUAGUAAAAAACCUCAGAGAAAAUGUUCGUGCAGUUAUUGAUUUUGAUGAAAUGGCUGGAGGGCUUAAUAAACGACGGAUGAUACAAUCAGCCGUUUUUAAAGAGCUUGUAAAGCUAGUAGAUCCAGGAGUGAAGCCAUACCAGCCCAUCAAAGGGAAACCAAAUAUAAUAAUGUUUGUAGGUCUGCAGGGGUCAGGUAAAACUACUACAUGUACAAAACUCGCAUAUCAUUAUCUGCGAAAGAAUUGGAAAUCAUGUCUUGUAUGUGCUGACACAUUCAGAGCUGGUGCUUAUGAUCAAGUCAAACAAAACUGUACCAAGGCCAGAAUACCAUUUUAUGGAAGUUAUACAGAAGUUGAUCCUGUCGUCAUUGCCUCUACAGGUGUAGAGAUGUUUAAAAAAGAAGGUUUUGAAAUGAUAAUUGUAGAUACGAGUGGACGUCACAAACAAGAAGAAUCAUUGUUUGAGGAGAUGUUGGCAGUUGCCAAUGCUAUUAAACCAGAUAACAUAAUAUUUGUGAUGGAUGCUACAAUUGGACAAGCUUGUGAAGCACAGGCUAGAGCUUUCAAGGAGAAAGUAGACAUUGGUUCAGUGAUCAUUACUAAAUUGGAUGGACAUGCAAAGGGGGGUGGUGCAUUAUCAGCUGUUGCAGCAACACAAAGUCCCAUAAUAUUUAUUGGUACUGGAGAACAUAUUGAUGAUCUUGAGCCCUUUAAAACCAAACCUUUUAUCAAUAAAUUGCUGGGUAUGGGAGACAUUGAAGGUUUGCUGGACAAAGUAAAUGAGCUGAAGUUGGAUGAUAAUGAUGAACUUUUGGAAAAGCUUAAGCAUGGACAGUUUACAUUACGGGCUAUGUAUGAGCAAUUUCAAAAUAUUAUGAAAAUGGGACCAUUUUCACAAAUUAUGGGCAUGAUCCCAGGAUUCUCUCAAGACUUAAUGACAAAAGGUAGUGAACAAGAGUCAAUGGCAAAAUUGAAAAGACUUAUGACAAUUAUGGACUCUAUGAACGAAGGUGAACUUGACCAUCGUGAUGGCGCCAAAUUAUUUUCGAAACAACCAACGCGUGUAACCAGAGUAGCGCAAGGUGCUGGAGUCACAGAACGAGAUGUGAAAGAUCUCAUUGCACAAUAUACCAAGUUUGCAGCUGUUGUAAAGAAAAUGGGAGGCAUUAAGGGACUUUUUAAAGGUGGUGAUAUGGCUAAAAACGUUAAUCAAAACCAAAUGGCUAAACUUAAUCAACAGAUGGCUAAAAUGAUGGAUCCUCGAAUUCUUCAACAAAUGGGUGGUAUGUCUGGUUUACACAACAUGAUGAGGCAAUUGCAACAAGGAUCGAGUGGUAUGAACAGUUUAAUGGGUGGCAAAUGAUCUUAGAUAUGUAUCUAUAAACCUCCGAUAUAUAUAUGUAUGUAUUUAAAGAUCAUUAAUAAAUAAAGUGUGAUCAUA